CAGUACUAACUCGUCUCGUCUCCCCUUCCUCGUCUAUCUCACCUUCCAUUAUUCAGGACUUGAGAAGAUGAGCAAGUGGCCAGGAGACUGGAACUGCUGGUCCUGCCACCACCACAACUUCAGCUGGCGCGAUACAUGCCAGAAAUGUGGUAACCUGAGGUCGUCCGUCGGUGACUUCUCCGACUCCACCGGCUCCGGCAGCGGUGGAUCGUCGUUGGGUUUCACCGUCUCGGGGCACGUCCGCCUCGGAGACUGGUACUGCUCAUGCGGCGGUCACAACUUCGCCAGCCGAUCGAGCUGCCACUCGUGUGGCGCCGUCAAGCAUGACUCCACCAUCGGCGGAUCUGACAGCAAUGACAUGCCAGGCUCACAGGGUAUCGCCUACGGUGGUGGAGGCUGGAAAUCCGGGGACUGGUUGUGCACCAGGUCGGGCUGCAAUCAGCACAACUUCGCUAGCAGGAGGGAAUGUUAUCGCUGCAAGGCACCUAAGGGAUCCGGUGCUUAAGCCUAGGGAGACUAAAGACCAUGCAGAGAGAAGACGAUGGACCGAGUGAGAAGAAUGGGACCAAUUAGUUCUACUUCCGAUCCAGCUUUUGUUUAAUGCCAAAAUAUUGGGCGAAUAAUUUACAUGUUGCAAGUGAGACUGUCUUGUUAGCUUGUGUUUGUUGUGUUGUU